AAAUUUCUCUUUAGUUUUUAAAUUUAUUAAAAAUAAACAUUUUUUUAUAUCAUAUAAAUAAUUUUCAUAUUUAACAUGCACUGCAAAUCGCAAACGGUCAUACCGAAAUGUUCAUUAUACGCUAAAACCUUUAAGAAAACACAAAUUCCUGUUUACGAUGCUUUCGGACCAUUUCCCGAUGAGCCCUUGAUGUCGGGCAUAGAUCGUGUUUUAUUUUUCUUUGGAGGCGGAAGAGUACAAAAAUUUUUCAAUUCCGAAUAUACCACCAUAGAGCAAGCUAACAAAAGUGGUUGUUCGUCUGUGGUAAAAUUUGAAACAUGUUGCAAAGACCAGCAUAAUAAGGGGCUUGAAAAAUGUUUAGUUAGAAAUUCACCAACAUACAGUGUGAUUCAAAAUUGUAAAUGUUGUCAAUGUGAUGUGUGUUCGCAAAAAAGCUCAAUUUUUCGAGAUUCCAGACUAAGUCCCAGAAUAUGUAUAAAAGAAAAUACAAGCAGUCGAGAUAGUAAAAAAAUCGGUAUACCUUUGAGAGCUUUAAAAAGAUCAUUUUCUUUGUGCUCUUUAGCUUGUCGUAAACUUAAAGAGAAGUUAUCAUUGGCAUUGCCGUCAACCAUGGUCACACCUAUUAUUGCACCACAUUGGUUGUGGACUAAAGUGGAAAACUAUUCAAAUGGUUGUCAAGUGUAUGAAAUAUUUAAAAAUUCCACUAUAACAACUCAUCCUACAAAAUUCGACACUUGUAGAGCUUCAAAAAUAAUAUUCGUUAUAUUACCCACUGGUAUAAUAAUGCCUUUUGAGACCCUACCGCGUCAUUGAAUCUAUUUUAAACGAUUUUUUGUUGUAAUUUUUAUAUUGUUUUGUAAACAAUAAAAUUUUUAUGUAAUUUUAUGUAAAAUUUCAGUUCUAUUUUUUUAAUUUUGAGUUAUGACAACGAAUUAGUUCUGAAAUUAUAAUACGCUUUCAAUUUCUGAUCCCAAAACUUUGUCGGUGAUUCAAGUCUCAUAUC